UAGCGCGGCGCUGAUUGACAGUUGGCGAACGACUGCGGACGGCGCAGGAUCUAAAACCGCGCUAGGCGCUGCUCUCCACGCUCGCUCGGUCCGCUCUUCUCUUUCCCGUGGAUAUACUACCGGUGCUUUUUCGUGGGGGAAGAACUCGAAACACGCAUAUUCCCGUGGCUGCUGCCUUUGCCCGCCGGCCCGCGCGCAACAUAUACCUACACCAACCAACAACCUUCCACCUUCUGUCCGCCGGAGUUACGACGAGUGGCACACGCAGUAGUAGUUACGGUUAGGGAGGAGGGUCGCCCGCCGUCUCGCGGACAGUUCUCUCUCUGGCGCGUCUCCUCUUCUCUCUCCUCACUGCGUGACCGGUGUUGGUUCGUUCGUUCGUUCGUACGUACGUUCGUUCAGUAAUCGCCGCGAGGAGGAACGCGCUUCUUCUUCCGCGACUCCGUUCGACGCAACUCGCGUAUCAUUAAACUCGCCGUUUCGCGUCGAGAUAUCAGUUUGAACGUGGACGCCCGGUGUGUGCCCUCUGUAUCGUGUGGCCACGUUUCAAGGAACGGCAACCUCGGAGAUCUAUCGGCGCGGGACAACCGAGGAAUCGGUCGUGGCAACGUCGCCUCACCGUCGCUCGACAUUUCGCUCGUGUCGGGCGCGUUGUCGCGCCGAUCAACGCGGCAUAGAUCCUCUCUGGCUGCCCGAAUCGGCCCCAGUGAGAACAGUUCGUUUGCCCGCACCUACGACUGCACGAGCAUCCUCGAGAAAUCCCUCUUUCUCUACGGUUUACGCGUGUUACGUUACGUGGAACGGGGGCACAGUGUUUGGCGCGCGCGCGCCGCCGUCCCUCCGAGCUUUGCUCCGUUUCGCUCGGCAACGAAACUACGUCGCGAAAAGGAUGCAAACGUGUUUUUGGUUCCGUCAGUGACAUACGUCCACCAGGUGUUUACUCGUGUCGUUAUAUAUGUGAAAACAAGAGUGCAAAAUCAACGGUCAACCGAGUUGUCCGACGGCGAACCAAAUAGGAAGUCGAGUGAACAAAAAAGAGCAGGGAAUAGUCGUGUCCGUGGUGAUCUGUACGUAUCGUCGGUUCCGUAAACCUUUGGAGCAGCGUGAUCGUGACGAGUCGUCCGUCGGGUUCAACGAGAUACCAGAUUCUAGUUGUCAGUCGUGUUAUCGUGUAUCCGCGUGGUUCGCGUGCGAUCUCGUUCGUGUGAUCGUUAUAUCGUCGUGCAUUACUCAACCGAGAGAGAGAGAGAGAGAGAGAGAGAAAUAAAGGAACUCGAUUGAAACAUUCUGAAAACGGAUCGCAAUAGAUACCAAGUAUACGAUAAACAGUGUGCAAGGAAAGGGACCACGUGCUGAACAAGAAGAGACGAGGAUAAUGUCGCGAUACUGACGAGCCACGAAGAGGCCAGCUACGCUCUCUGACCGUUUGGUCAGCGGAACUUCCGGCGGUUUGACCGCGACGAUGAGGAAGCACGUGUGUCCGGCCGUAGCCGUGGUCCUGUUGCAACGUUCAAGCACGCGUGCCGAGCUCUGCUGACGCUCGGUCGCUUCGAUUUCUCGCCGUCACAGCGUCUCGUCGCCGGUCGUCUCGGAUCCGGGGAUCGUCGGGAAGCAUCUACCCACCAACACCGUGCUCCGACUUAGACGACGCUUUUCUCUCAGCCCGAUCGUCGACGGCAGACGCGAGGACCUGAUUUUUAACACAGACACCGUCGGCUGCCAGCCGAUCGUUCGAAACUUGAAACAACCCUUCUAUCCGUUUGUUCCUGAUCGUCCGCCGACGGCAAACUAAUUCACUGAUUGCUCUCUCGGUCGGUGUGUAACCUCCGGUACGAGCCUGUAGUGCGACGAACCGGGAUAUAUACGGGCUAAAACCGAUCGCCGCGAUAAGGCGAAUCGACAAGUGAGGAAACCACUGUGAAAGCGGUGUGUGUGAAGUGUUCGAGGUUACUUGGUUAUACUGUGGGAAAAUACAGCCGCUACGGUGGCUCAGCACGCAGAGUUCCCCGGCGCGGCCAGGGCGUUCAUGGCGCAGCCAAGGUAUGACGAUGGCGGGCUGCACGGGGGUUACCUCGAGGGCGGAGGUGGCGGAGGUGGCGCAGGGCUGUACGAUCCGCACGGGAGCGCCCGAGGUGUACCGGGCCUACAUCACAGUCCACACCUCGGCGGUAUGGGGCCAGCACACCCCCAAUACCCACCACCCCCGCCACAACCACCCCAACACGUACUCGCGGCGGCAGCCGCGGCUGCAGCAUCUGCGGUACCCGAUGUCCAUAAACGCGACAAGGACGCGAUCUAUGGACACCCCUUGUUCCCACUUCUCGCGUUGAUCUUCGAGAAGUGCGAGCUGGCGACGUGUACACCUCGAGAACCUGGUGUCGCGGGUGGUGACGUGUGCUCGUCAGAAAGCUUCAACGAGGACAUCGCUGUCUUCUCCAAACAGAUCAGACAAGAAAAACCCUACUACAUCGCGGACCCGGAGGUGGACUCGCUGAUGGUCCAGGCGAUCCAAGUCCUCCGGUUUCACCUCCUCGAGCUUGAAAAGGUUCACGAGUUGUGCGACAACUUUUGCCAUCGAUACAUCAGCUGCUUGAAGGGCAAGAUGCCGAUCGACCUAGUGAUCGACGACAGAGAGAGCUCGAAACCGCCGGAAAUCGGUAACGGAUUGGACGGCGGUGGACCAAGGAGCACCGCGGACAGUACCAGUCACACGGACGGAGCCAGCACGCCGGACGUCAGGCCACCCUCCUCGUCACUGUCGUACCCCGGUGCGGGCGGCAACGAGGACGCGCGUAGCCCCGGAAGCGGGGGCACACCAGGACCCCUUAGCCAACAAGCGCCCACCAGCCUGGACUCGUCGGAUCCCGGUAAAUGGUGUCCGCGUAGGGAAUGGAGUUCGCCGCCAGACGCGCAACGAGCGGCGAGCGACGCGCGUCGCGGCGUUCUUUACUCUUCCGUCUUCCUCGGUAGUCCCGGUGACGCGAGUAACGCGAGUAUCGGAAGCGGCGAGGGUACAGGGGAGGAAGACGACGAUUCGUCGGGUAAGAAGAACCAGAAGAAGAGGGGUAUCUUCCCCAAGGUGGCGACCAACAUCCUCAGGGCGUGGCUGUUUCAACACCUCACGCAUCCCUACCCUUCGGAAGACCAGAAGAAGCAGUUGGCUCAGGACACGGGGUUGACGAUCCUUCAAGUUAACAACUGGUUCAUCAACGCGAGGCGUAGAAUCGUCCAGCCGAUGAUCGACCAGAGCAAUCGAGCCGUGUUCCCGCCAUUGUCCGCAGGUCCAAGCGGGGCGUACAGUCCGGAUGCGACGAUGGGCUACAUGAUGGACGGACAGGCGGCGAGCAUGAUGCACAGACCGCCAGGUGAUCCUACCUUCCACAAUCAGUACCAUUACCCGCCAGAGUACUACGGACAUCACUUAUAAAGUAGUCGCGAGUCAAGUUAGACGAUGGAAUGACGGUUCUUGCGGAACGGGAAACGUAUCAGCGUGCUCCGGUUGGCGUAGAUCGAGCAGCACGCAGGGGGCAACGGGGAACGAUUCGUCGCCUCCGUGACGUGAACGACGCCGAAGAGGAAGUGAAGAUUUCCUAGCCAUUGCGGUGCGUCGCGGACGCUGGUCGAGCCAGGAGCGCGAGAAAUCGAGCGGAAACGGACGUCGCGUCGGUCCGGGUCUGACUCGAUGCGGAGGAUCUCGAGGUACGAGUUGUCGAAGAAACGGGACCGGAUGUGGCCCGGUGCUGGAACGAAGGACCGACGAAGGGCGUGUCGAUGCGCGAGAAACCGAGAGGGUAAAAAUGAAGAUACGAAAGUGCGCGGCUCGGAGCCGCGGGGGAGGAAAAUUCAUGUGAUUGUUCUGUGUACAAAUGUCGCGGUGUAAUAUUGUAGUGAUCGAAGAAUUUAAAUGUUAAAUUUUAAUACGAUCGCGAUCGAGCUAAUAUUAAAUGAUAAUUAACGAUUCUAGAGAAGACAGAGAGGGUGGUACGGGGUAUAAAAGCUUGAGAGUGAUAUAUAAUAGGCAAUUCGUAGCGGGCAUGUGUACAUUAAGAGGAUGAACAGAGAUAACGAAAUAUUAGGCAAACCCGGUGCUCGCACGGUUCCAUUUUUAUAUAGAUAAGAAAUGUCCACGUGCAACAAGCGAAUACGAGAGAAAAGAAAAUAAGAAACCAGGAAAAAAAUGAUAAAAGUGGAACCCGACGUUGAGAUGAAACGUGUGACAAAAACGAUCGUCGAGUAUGUAUGUAUAUAUAUACAUAUUAUAUACACGCAGCAAACACGGAGCAGGCAGAGACACAUCGAUGUGUAUAAAUAUAUACGAGGUAUAUAAAUAAAUAUAAAUAGGGAGAAGAAUUUUUAGAAACGCGGUGGGUGGCGUUUCGAAGCCGAAGAAAACGAGAAAUUUGUUUUAGAAAAAAUGAAAGUGAACGCUCACCGGCGCGUACAAAAAUUCGGUACGAUCGAUGAGAGAAAGGAAAGUUAACGGAAUAAAUGAGAGGUGAAAGAAAAAAAAAAUGGGGGGGGAAAGAAAAUGUUUUAGGACAGAAGAAUGGAGAUCGACGCGUGUGCCGGACUCGAGCGUCGAUUCCAUUCACUUGCAUAUAUAUAUAGGUGACAUUGAAAUUUGUACAGUUAUUAUUAAUUAUAAAUGAAUUUACUAAUUAAAGGAAGAAGUAAUUAUAUAUUAUAAAUAUAUACAUAACUGAAGUAACAUGUGCCCCCCAACCCCCUACCCCUCCGGUUGUAAUAUAUAUAUACAAGCGAGCGAAUUUUAAUUGGACCUUUGGGACGAUAAUUAUUCACGCGUAUGUGGGUACGUGUGUGACUGUGUGUAUGCGUGAGCGUGUGUGUUUCGCGAGUGGGUGGGUGGUUGUUGUGGCCGUAUUCGGUGUGCGUACAGAAGAUCGUAAGAAAUACGCGAGGCGAAAUAAAAUACGCUGAAACUGGCUCGAGGAUGAUUGCGCGACUGUGCGAAUGGAAGAAAGAAGAUAGUAUACGCGAACGACAGUGGUGAGGGAUUAUAUAUAUAUGAAAAAAAAAGGUAUAUAUAUAUAUAAAUAUAAAUAUAAAUAUAUAAAUAUAUAAAUACAAAAAUAUAGAUACCUGCGAGAGGAUCAGACAAUUCUUCAUCGUCCACGAUUCGGUGACGCGGUCAGAUCCACCCCCUCCCCCACCUGAUCCGACUCGACACUAAAUUGUCACUGAAAGAAACACGCAGAAUACACAGAAACAUACACGUAUACACUUAAACACAGAAGCGCGAGUGAAAUGAGCGUCAUUAACCCAGCCCCGUCUCCCCGCACCGUAAAGGAUUAAUUAAAAGAACCCAAACAGCCGAACGAGUACACGAUCUACAGUUUAUCGAUAUAAUAUAUUGCGUAUAAAAUAGUUAAUUGAGCGUGAGAUGGGAGGAGGGUGAGAGGUUUAUUUUCGAUCUAAAGGGCUAUACGAAGUUAUUUCGAAAUGAAAUUCUCGUCUUUCUAUUGUUUCCUUGUGAUUCCUUUUCCUAUUUUCAUGUCUUAUAGAAAAAAAUUCGGUAACAAUCGGAGGUACUGUGGACCGGAAGGGUAAAAAUUUGGAAAACAGUGAAGGGUGAAAGGUAAAUCGAGGAAGACUGUUAUUAGAUGUUGAACGCGUUACAAAUUUUAUUUAAUUAUUUUUCAAAAAUUCUUAUUACUUUAAGGGUGCUGAUUGGGUCUAAUUUUUUUAUUUAACAAUUUUUCCGACUUGUCAUGAAAAAAGAAAAAAAUUCAGAAUAAAGAAGUUUUCAAGGAGACUGCACGAUUGGUGAAGAUCAGAAUUGAAGGAAAUUCCAUUGGAAUACCGUGAGGAUAUUCAGGAUCGACUGCAUCUUCGAUGGUUUGAAAUUUUCUCGAGUUCCAAGUACAAGCUUGGAAACGAGAGGAAAUUUCGUCCAUUUCCCGAAGGAUCUCGUUACGAAACUGUCGAUCGGUGCUCAAGAUCGAUCGAAGCUUCGUCGAAUCCUCGAUAUGCAGCUCGUGAAUAUUAUCAUUUUCGAAUCAUCUUUUUCAAAAUGCAAUUUUCUUCGAAUACAUUAUGAAUUAUUUCCGGAAAUUAUUUUUAUCCCAUUUACAAAAAGAAGAACGAGUCUUCGUGUAGCCUUUUACAACGAUCACUCCUCGGAGCAGAACGUGUUUAUCGCGAGAAGAAGCCAGAGAAUGUGAGGGAGAGAGAGAAAGAGACAGCAAGGGAGAAAGGGUUGAAAUUUAAUUAAAUUAAACGUCGAUUAUAUGUCAAAGUAAAUUCGCAACGUAGACACGGAACAUCCCCCUAAACGAACAGCGCGAGAUUUGAAAUCGCGCGAUCGACUUUCGACGAUCGAAACGCGAUCGAUCAUUCGCGCUCCGAUCGACGAGAGGAUACGGGGAGAACCGGAAGAAUAGAGACAGACUGCGAGAAAGGAGAGCGAACGAGAUGAAACGCAAAGCAUACGAGACAAAUUUUAUCGAUAUUUUCAAUACGCCCGCAUACACGUAAAUCUUGUAUAAAAAUUUUAAUGUAAACACACCGCUCUUGCCGUGGACCGUGGUAAUUAAGGAAAAAUCAAUCGUGUCGUUUCGUAUUCAAAAACUACCCUCGAAUACAAUUUAAAUAGUGUAUUUAAAAAAAAAAAAAAUUGAACUGCUACUGAAAACGACGAUUGAUCUUUCCACCAUCGGUGUCACGACGUACUAGUAUACUGAAAUGGAAAAAAAAAAAUGAUAACCCACGUAUACCGAACGACUCAGGUGCGAGAAAAGUCAGUUGUAGGUUCUGGUUAAUUGGAGAAAUUGCCGAGACUCGUCGAAAUGCGUCGCGACCGAUUCGAUCGGUCGAUCGGUCGAUCGGCGAGCGAGCACGCCUGCUCUUCGCGCAUGCGCGGCAAUCGAUCGUGCGAUCCUUACCGCGAAAUUCAAAACUUCAUCGAACUAAAACGUCGCUGGAACGUCGGCGUUGAGAUUUCUCGACGACCUGGUUACCUGGAUACACGCUGUAUACGAAGAGACACGCGAAAUUACGUCGCGCAUCCGCGCGCAAAUCGUCCGACACAUUUUUUAACGCUUUUCUAACUCGUUCGAGUUUGCAAACCGUUUUUAGUGAAAGCUUUUUACGACACGGGGACCCAGACCUUUUUAUCGCUUACCGAACCAGCUGCACCGUUCGCAGAAAAGGUUUUUUAUCGAGUAGAACGUCGACGCCAGUGAAAAGGACGAUUUCGCGACGCUCGACGGAACAAUCGUAACUCAUUAUCAAGUACGAGACAAUCAUGAGGGUGGAAAACACGAAGCGGCUCGACGUUUUUGGCGCGUGGUCGGCGACGAUCGCCAACGGGGCGACGCGUUUUUACGAAUUCUAUUUGUUGAACGAUAUAUUGUUUAAUUUUGUUGAUGUCCGCUCCGUUGGUCGCCGGCGACGUCGCGUCGAAUCGUCGCCGCGUACAGGAGAAAUUUCAACCGGAAUCUUUCCAGCGACGUUUUACGAUCAAGUAAUUAUUAUUAACAAAUGACGUACCGGAUCGUCGCUUAUCAACAGUAAAAGAAUCUCGAUUUAUCAAUGAUUAAAUUAUUUUUCCAUAUCGAGGAUCGACGGUUCGGUCAAUUCAAACGCUACGAAACGUAAAAUCAGUGCAUGUUCGAUUUCAAACCAUUUUUUCAAGUGUAACAAAUUUUUAUUCUCCAAAUGAAAAUGUACGAUCUCUUCUGGAAAUGAAAAAAAAAACGAAGCAGGAUCGCACGAACGAUUAACGAGAAGAGCCUAUACAAGGGAUGUGACCUGUAUAGGCGAGAAAGUGUUCCGACGGUUGCGGAAGGGAUGCGAAGACGGCGGCGAACGGACGACGUUUAUUGGCUGUUCGUUUUUCUAAAUGAGUUCACCCGAUUGAAUCAUCGCCUUAAAAAUGUAUACGAAGUAACAGUAAGGUAUCUAAGUAAUAAUCAUGUUAGAGGGUAAAGAAACUUCAAACAAAGAUUUUAUGAGCGUCGAAACGAGCGGCUAUAGGGGCAACGAGAGAGAAAACCGAAUGAAUGAAAGGGGUGAAGCGUGUGAAAACGGUGUAACUGGGGAUGGGGUGAAAGGAGAGGUAAGAAUGAUGAUUCGAGCGUGUGACGGAGAAAGAUAGGGAAUGUAAUGCAUAAUUAACGUGUAAUUACGAAAGAAUGAUGAUGUUAGCAAACCGGGUCGCCAUCGUCGGCGUCGAUGAUCAUAAUGACGAGAGGAGGGUAACGAGGGUUGGACGCUUAACGUUCGCCUGAAGAUCGCGAACCAACGUCAUUACGAUCAUCAACCGGUAAAACGAUUACGAUAAUGCCGAUGGUAACGCUGAUAACCAUGAUGACGAUGAUGAUGAUGAUGCUGAUAUAUGAUGAUGAUGAUUACGAUUAUGCUGAUGAUGACGAUGAUGUGUAUAGUAAGCUAAAAAUUUAUUAUAUCGGUAUGGAAUCAGAUUUUUUCAACUGUUUGCGUAUUGACGACCUAUUGACACCCUUAAAUAAAAAAGAAAAAAAAAAGAAAAUCAAGAGGAACGGCAAAUAAAUUAAAAAAUAAUAAAAAAGACGAAUCGAAUCGAACUGUGUUCUAUAUGUUUAUGAAUCGUACCGCUCUUCGAUCGUUGUUCCGCGAUUGUGAUAGCGCGACGAGGCGGAAAUGACGAUUUGCACCUGAUCCGGGGGGGGGGGGGGAGGGGGUUUGCUUUUUUGCUUCCGUUCAAGAUGGAAGCGCGUCGAUUUCUUCUCAUCGCGCAAACGUAACAAUAAUAAUUCUCGCCUCGAGACGCGCGAGCAACCGGAAGUAAAACAGAGAAAUUAAUGGCGAAAGGGAGACCCGAUACCUGUCGAUGUAAAAUAUUAGUAUUAAACGUGGGGUUAAACGUGGACACACGGGUCCAGAUAAAGCUGGACACGCGCGUACACGCGUGACCUGGUUAGAGGCAUAGAGACGACGAUCAGGCGUCUCGAGCACGAGGGAACAGAGUCGAUCAUUCGCGUGAAAUUGGCCCGGAUCGAUUGUGUUCAAAACACUCACGGAUCGCAACGUGAUGACGAUGAAAGGAAGGACGAUGUCAAAGGUGGUCUAUGUUAGAGAGUGUCCAUUGUAUAGUGUUUUUUUGAAACGUGAGCAUUAAAUGCUACAUCUUGUGUA